AUGUCUACUUCUGACAGUUUUUUUACAUUUUCAUGGAGAAUCAACUGUUUUAAUGAGUUAGUAGUAAGACAUCCGAAUGGAACAUUUUUUUAUAGUGAAAGGUUUUGGUCUCCAAGGGGACAACCAGGUAAAACCUCAGCAGCAGCAGCUGUAUCAACAACAAAUACAACUACAGCAGUUAAUGAUAAUAAUGUUUUAUGUGGGCAAACCAAUAAUUAUAACAAUACCUGUUAUUUAUGGAGGUUAAAAAUGUUCCCUAAUGGAGUAGAUAAGAAAUCUAAUGACUAUUUGUCACUUUAUCUUGAAGCUAUUCAAACACAAUACGAGAAGGAAAAUGGUAUAGGAGGUAGACACAAAAAGUUCAGGUUGUCACUUUUUCGUAUUGAUCCUAAUAACAAUAAUAAUCCACAACAUCCAUUAUUAGUGAUUAGUCGACAUACGUUGGAAACAAAGUUUGAAUUUAAUGGCGUGAAUGCAGAUUAUGGAUUUGCAAGAAUUAUUGCGUUAAAAGAUUUAUUCCCAAGUGAAAAUUUAUAUCCGGAAAUGGAUUUACUGGUCAAGGUGCAAAUAUUCGAUGAUCUUCCAACCGGUGAGGGAACAAGUUCGAUCGCGAACAUACCUGAUCUUUCACUGGAACCAUUUGAAAAGUAUUUUGAAGAGGAAAAAUUUUAUGAUAUAGAGUUUGUGUUCGAUUGUGGAUCAGUGAUGAAGGCACAUCGUGUGAUAUUGGCAGCGAGAUCUGCAUAUUUUGAGAAUUUGUUGGGAGGAGAAUGGAAGGAAGGUCACAUGAAAACGAUUGCUAUUAGAGAUAUGCCAUACGAAGCAUUCAGGUUGAUAGUUCAUCAUCUUUACACGAAUAAACUUGAGGAUGGCUUAACGUUUGAGCUGUUGAGAGAGAUUUAUUCUAAAGCAGACAUGUUAAACAUUUCACAGCUUGGAUCAAUGGCAGCAGAAAGGAUGGUUGGAUUGAUAAAUAGUGGUAAUUGGGAUCAAAUAUUAAUGUUGGGAUGGAGGUUUCAAGACGACAGGUUACGAAUAGCAGGUUUGGAAUUUGCAAUAGAGAAUUGGACAAAGAUACGAGACACUGAAAAUAUGAAACAAGUGAUGGAGUGUGGUAAUAUGGACUGGAUCGAAGAAUUAAUUCUUGGCAAUUUCUUUGCUACAAGAAACGGCAAGUAA